AUGGCGCGUGGCCUGGCCCUUUGUCCCAGGCCCGGCCAGCCUGCAGUAAUGCGGCCCGCGGUGUUUGCUCAGGAAAGUGCUGCCCUGUCGAAUUCCAGCUCUGCUCCGUCUGCCGUGGCCCAGGCUGCCAAAGGCCGGCAGGAGGCCUCCUUCCCAGAAGACACAGAAUCAGAGGCUCUGGGCCGGCACUGGAGGAGCUACGCGGAUCUUUCGGAUGAUGAGGACCUGCUGGCCGAUGAGGCGUCAGGAGAUGGGAAUGGCAGCGGAGAGAAUGGCAGCGGCAUCGUCUUCCCAGACCCUCACCCCCUGGCCACCGCCCACCCCCUCACCCCCACAGUCUACUUCCGGGCCCUGGUGAAUUUCACAAAGUCCAUCGACUAUUCCCUGCGCCUGGAGGACGUCAACUCAGAGGAGUUCCAAGAUGUCUCCAAAGCCGUAGUGGACACGCUGGAGUCUGAAUACUACAAGAUCCCUGGAGAGCAAAUGGUCAGCGUGGUCUUCAUCAAGGAGAUCAACGGUGACAUCUUUGUGGAGCUGGACGUGGGCUCCGAGGGGAACGUGGACGAGGACCAGAUCCGCCAGGUGCUCUACGCGGUCAUCGAGAGCGGCUCCAUCGCUUCUUACGUCACCUCCACCUGGGGCUUCCAGUUCCGCCGCCUGGGAGCAGUGACCCCCGACGUGCGUGCCUGCACUGAAGAGGAGUUUGCUUGCCGCAGCGGAGAGUGUGUGGCCAGGGAGUUCCUCUGCGAUCGCCGCCCAGAUUGUCGAGACAUGUCGGAUGAGCUGGACUGUGCUCCUCUUACUCCCCCGGAAUGUGCCCAUGACGACUUCACCUGUGACAGCGGGGAAUGUGUGCGCCUGGCUGCCCACUGCGAUGGGCAUCCAGACUGCGGGGACGCCUCCGAUGAGGACGGCUGUGAUGAUGAAGGAGCUUUAACUCCUCCCGCAGCUGCCACUCCCCCACGGCCAGCCACCACCCGGAUUCCGGCCACCACCCUGCCAGUCACUUCUCGCCGGCCACCAGCCACGACACCUGCCCGUGUUGUCACCUCUAAGCCUCCCCUGAUCGUGGAGCCGCGCCCCUGCCGGAAGGACGAGGCUGUCUGCGCCAACAAGCAGUGCAUCUCUCGGGACUACCUGUGUGACGGGGAGAGAGACUGCCAAGAUGGAAGCGAUGAGCUGAACUGCGGCACCCCCAUUCCUUGUGAGCCCAAUGAGUUCAAGUGCCGCAAUGGGCAUUGCGCCCUCAAGCUGUGGCGAUGCGACGGAGACAAUGACUGUGGGGAUGGCUCUGACGAACUGGACUGCCCCACGAAAGGGCCCAGCGAUACCUGUGGCCCUGACCAGUUUGUCUGCGUGUCCAGCCACACCUGCAUCCCCGCCAGCUACCAGUGUGAUGAGGAGGCCGACUGCUCAGAUCGCUCGGAUGAGAUCGGCUGCACCCCUCCACAGGUGAUCACGCCCCCUGAAGAGUCCAUUCAGGCCGCCCCUGGGGAGACAGUCCGUUUUACCUGCGUGGCCAUUGGGGUCCCCACUCCCAUCAUCACCUGGAGGCUCAACUGGGGUCACAUCCCUGCCAGCCGCAGGGUGUCCAUCACCAGUGAGAACGGCCACGGGACUCUGGUCAUUCGGGACGUCAAAGAGGCUGACCAGGGGGCCUACACCUGCGAGGCCAUCAACGCCCGAGGGAUGGUGUUCGGCAUCCCCGAUGGUGUGCUGAGUCUUACACCUGGGCAAGGGCCUUGUCCUGACGGGCACUUCCACCUCGAGGGCACCUCCCAGUGCCUGGCCUGCUUCUGUUUUGGCAUCACCAAAGCCUGCCACAGCAGCCACCGCCACCGCAGCCAGAUUCGCCUGCGCUUCGACGUGCCCGAUGACUUCAAAGGUGUUAAUGUGACAAGCCCCUCGCAGCCUGGCGUGCCCCCCCUCUCCUCCACGCAGCUGCAGGUUGACCCCAGCUUGCAGGAGUUCCAGCUGGUGGAUCUCUCUCGCCGCUUCCUGGCUCAAGACUCUUUCUGGACACUCCCCAGCCAGUUCCUGGGGAACAAGGUGGAUUCCUACGGCGGCUACCUCAGCUUCAAGGUGCGCUACGGCCUGGCCCGGGGCCAGUCGGAGCCAGUGCACAAGCCGAACGUCGUCAUUGUGGGCAACGGGCAGAAACUCACCUACCGGGUGCAGGUGCCCACACAGCCCUUGGUGGUGAAUCAGCGCCAGAUCCAGUUCAUUGAGGAGAACUGGCAGAAGGAGUCGGGCGCCCCAGUCAGCAGGGAGGAGCUGCUGCUCACCUUGCAGAACCUGGAGGCCGUCAUGAUCCAGACCAUCUACGACAACCGGAUGGCCAGCGUGGGCCUGAGCGACAUUGUCAUGGAUACCACCACCACAGAGACCACGGGCCUGGGCAUGGCACAUGCCGUUGAACAAUGCAGGUGCCCGGUUGGCUACUUGGGCCUGUCGUGCGAACGCUGUGAUGCCCAGUUCAAGCGUGUGCCUGGGGGGCGCUACUUGGGCACCUGUUCUGGCUGCAGCUGUAACGGCCACUCCACCUCCUGCGACCCAGUCUUUGGACAUUGCCUGAACUGCCAGCACAAUACGGAAGGGCCUCAGUGCAACCACUGCAAGCCGGGUUUCUUCGGGGAUGCCACCAAGGGCACCCCCACUGCCUGCCGCCCGUGCCCCUGCCCCUACACGGAAGCCCCCCGCAGGUUUUCCAGCACCUGCUUCCUGGACACGGAUGGGCAGGCCACGUGCGAUGCUUGUGCCCCCGGCUACACAGGCCGCCGCUGCGAAAGGUGUGCCGCUGGCUAUGAAGGGAAUCCCAUCCAGCCAGGUGGGGCGUGCGUGAGGACUGGGCAGGAGAUUGUCAGGUGUGAUGAGCGGGGCAGCCGAGAGGCCUCAGACGGGGCCUGCCGCUGCAAGCCCAACGUCAUGGGCCGGCUCUGCAACGAGUGCACCAGCGGGACUUUCCACCUCAGCCACAAGAACCCCGAGGGCUGCCUGAAGUGCUUCUGCAUGGGGGUCUCGCGCCAGUGUGCCAGCUCCUCCUGGCACAGGGACCAGGUGCGAGUGACGCACGAGGACGCCGAGACAGGGCAGUUCACCCUCUCCAAUUUGGCCAGCACCCAGACAGUCACCGAGGGGAUCCGCUUUGCAGGCCUUUCGGAGCUGGUCUUCUCCUCUUUCCACGCCCUGCCGCGUGAGGUCUACUACUGGGUGCUCCCCCAACGCUUCAAGGGGGACAAGGUGACCUCCUACGGGGGAGAGCUGCGCUACACCAUCCAGCACACGGCCUUUCCUGGCGCCUCGCUGCUGCAUGGCCAGCCGGAUGUGCUGCUGCAGGGUAACGGCAUCUUCCUGGAGCAUGUGGGGAGAGCAGCCCCUCCAUCAGGAACGCCCACCGCCUACACGGUGCCCUUGCGGGAGCAAGCCUGGCGUCGUCCUGAUGGGCAGAAUGCUACCCGUGAGCACCUCCUGAUGGCGCUGGCAAACAUCGACGUCUUCAUGAUUCGGGCCUCCUACUCUGAGCGGACAUCUGAGAGCAGGAUCUCAGGCAUCCACCUGGACGUAGCUGUGCCCCAUUCCACAGGGCUGGACACGGCCGUGGAGGUUGAGGAGUGCACCUGCCCCCCAGGCUACCGAGGCCCUUCAUGCCAGGACUGUGACGUCGGGUACACGCGCACCACCAGUGGCCUCUACCUGGGCACGUGUGAGCCCUGUGACUGCAGUGGGCAUGCCAAGGAGUGUGAUGCCCAGACUGGAGACUGCCAGAACUGCCAGCACAACACAGAAGGGCCUCGGUGCGAACGCUGCCAGCCAGGCUUCUAUGGGGACGCCAGGCGUGGGAGCCCCGCAGACUGCCAGCCGUGUCUGUGUCAUGGACCCUACUCUGCCAGCCAGGCCACCAAGACGUGCUUCAUGGACACGGACGGGCAGCCCACGUGUGACUCUUGCCACCCUGGCUACCUCGGCCGUCAGUGUGAGAGGUGCGCUGCCGGCUAUGUGGGCAACCCGGUCUCGGGCCAGCCCUGCACAGAACCAGGUGCCCCGUGCCAGUGCAACCCUAUGGGCAGCCUCAGCAGCCAGUGUGAUGCCAGCGGGCAGUGCCAGUGUAAGGCCCACGUGCAGGGCCCCUCCUGCAGCAGCUGCCGGCCCCACCAUUUCCACCUGAGUGCCGAGAACCGGGAGGGCUGCCUGCCUUGCUUCUGCAUGGGGGUCACCCAGCAGUGCACCAGCUCCUCCUCCUACCGGGACCUGGUCACCAGCCCCUUCCUCCCCGGGAACCCCCAGGGGUUUGCCCUGGUCAACCGCCAGCACAACACCCGCAUCCAGACGGGCUUCACCGUGGAGAUGUCAGCCCAGGGCCCUCAGCUCUCCUACGGGCGCUUUGGGCAGCUGGGGCAGGAGUCCUACUACUGGCAGCUGCCAGAGGUCUACCUGGGAGACAAGGUUGGCUCCUACGGAGGACGCCUUCGCUACACCCUUUCCUACGAGGCCGGAGGGAGAGGCUCACCGCUGCCCGAUCCGAACGUUCAGAUCACUGGCAAUGAUAUCACUCUGGUCGCCUACCUUCCUGAGCUGCUGCGGCCCCAUGAGCACAAGAGCUUUGAACUGGUCUUCCGGGAGCAACACUGGAAGCGGCCAGAUGGGCAGCCUGCCACCCGCGAACACCUGAUGAUGGCCCUGGCUGAUUUGGACGAGAUCCUCAUCCGGGCCACCUACUCCACAGACAUGGUGUCAGCCAGCAUCACUGGUGUCAGCAUGGAGAUCACUGUGCCCACCUACACCAGCCUGCCCCGGGCACUGGAGGUAGAAGAGUGCCGCUGCCCGCCAGGAUACCAGGGCCUCUCCUGCCAGGACUGUGCAGCCGGAUACACUCGCACAGGGGGUGGGCUUUACCUGGGCCACUGUGCCUUGUGUGAAUGCAACGGACACUCGGACACUUGCCACCCAGAGACAGGCGCCUGCUCAAGUUGCCUCCAUAACACUGCCGGGGAGUUCUGCGAGCAGUGUGCCCCUGGCUUCUACGGAGACGCCACUGCCGGCACGCCUGAAGAUUGCCAGCCCUGUGCCUGUCCGCUGCUGGAUCCAGAGAACCAGUUCUCACGGACAUGUGAAAGCCUGGGGGCCGGGGGCUACCGCUGCACUGCCUGUGAGCCUGGCUACACUGGCCAGUACUGUGAGCAGUGUGCCCCAGGCUACAUAGGGAACCCUAACAUCCGUGGUCAGAAGUGUGUUCAUCCAGGGGCCCCAGACCAGCCGCCACUCAUUGUCCAAGUGCACCCUGCCCGGACUGCAGUGGCACAAGGCAGUGAGGUCACCCUGCACUGCCAAGUCAGCGGGCACCCUCCUCAUUACUUCUACUGGUCCAGGGAGGACGGGCACCCCGUGUCAGGCACUGCCCAGCGCAGGCGGCAAGGGGAGGAGCUGUAUUUCCCCAGCAUCCAGCCCUCUGAAGCUGGGGUCUACAUUUGCACCUGCCGCAACCCACAGUACAGCAAUGUGAGCCGGGCUGAAGUCAUUGUCACAGAAGCACCCAGCAAGCCUAUCACAGUGACAGUCGAGGAGAAAAAGGUUCAGACCAUCCAGUCGGGGAGUGACGUCACCUUUGUCUGCACCGCCAAGAGCAAGUCUCCUGCCUACACGCUGGUGUGGACGCGGCAGAACCACGGCAAGCUGCCCAGCCGAGCCAUGGACUUCAACGGCAUCCUCACCAUUCGCAACGUGCAGCCCCAGGAUGCUGGCAUCUACGUCUGCACCGGCUCCAACAUGUUUGACAUGGAUGAGGGCACUGCCACCCUCUAUGUGCCAGCUCCGUCUAAGACUCAGAUGUACUAUGGACCGGUAGAGGUGCUGGAAGGCCACAGACCUUCUGGAUCUGCCAUCCCCCCCAUGGCCACCAUCCAGCCCUCCCAGCUGAGUGUCCAGCCAGGCCAGCCUGCCGAGUUCCGCUGCAUCGCGACCGGAAGCCCCCAGCCCACGGUGGAAUGGAUAGGUGGACAAGGGGGGGUGAUUUCCCCCAAGGCUCUGAUUCAGGGGGGGAUCCUGCGCUUCCUGGCAGUGGAGCCUUCUGACGAGUCGCAGUACUUGUGCCGUGUACGCAACAGCGCUGGCCAGCACAUGGCCCGAGCCUUCUUGCAAGUGCAGAGUGUGGGCGUGCCUCAGGUGCAGGUGAGCCCGGAGCGCACAGAGGUGCAGGAGGGCAGCACGGUGCGGCUGUAUUGCCGGGCUGCCGGAUCCCCUGCUGCCACCAUCACCUGGGAGAAGCAAGGGGGCGCUCUGCCACCACAGGCUGUGGCUGUCUUUGGCUUCUUCCACUUCCAAGGUGGCAGCCUGGAAGUUCUCCGGCAGCGGAUCCAGGAGCUCCAGCAGUCCCGCGCAGAGAGGACAGACAUUGGGACCCUGGUGAUUCCCUCCAUCACCACGGCGGACAGUGGGGUGUACCUGUGUGUGGGGAGGAGUGCAGCAGGAGUUGGCCAAGCACGGAUCGUGGUGGAGGUCACCCGAGCUGCAGGCGCUCCUCCCACUGUGAGAAUUGAGUCGUCUUCCUCAUCGGUUGUCGAGGGCCAGACCCUGGAUCUGAACUGCAUCACUGCUGGCCAAGCAGCUGGGACUGUGACGUGGUACCGGCGAGGAGGAUCCCUGCCAGCUGGUCACCAGGUCUCUGGGCCACAUCUGCGGAUUCUGCACAUUUCAGCAGCUGACUCUGGUGAAUAUGUCUGUCGUGUUAGCAAUGGCGCUGGCCCCAAGGAAGCCUCCAUCACUGUGACUGUCCAGCAGAGCUCCAGUGCCUCACAGGAGGCCUCUCCCAUCCGCAUCGAGUCUCCAUCGUCUGGCAUCCCUGAGGGACAGGCCUUGGACCUGAACUGCCUGGUUGCUGGACACGCCCAGCCCAGAGUCACGUGGUACAAACGAGGGGGGGCGCUCCCUGCUAAUCACAAGAUUUCUGGCUCCCGCCUGCGGGUUCUUCAGGCCUCAGCAGCAGACUCUGGCGAAUACGUGUGUCGAGUGAGCAGUGGCGGCACCGUCCAUGAGGCCUCUGUUGUGGUCACCAUCUACAGCACCUCCCAAACCUCAGGCAUCACCCCACCUGUGAGGAUCGAGUCUUCGUCCCCCUCUCUUGUGGAAGGACAGACCUUGGAUCUCCACUGUGUCGUCGCUGGCCAGCCGGGCACCACUGUCACCUGGUACAAGCGAGGCGGGUCCCUGCCAGCCGGUCACCAGGUCUCUGGCUCCCACCUGCGCAUCCCCCAGGCCUCCCCCGCUGACUCUGGGGAGUACGUCUGCCGGGUCAAUCUGGAUUCUGUUGUCCGCGAAGCCUCCGUCAUGGUCGGCAGGACUGGCUCCUCGCCCACCCUGGGCAUCACCCCCUCCAUGAAGAUCGAGGCUUCCUCACCUCAUGUUGCAGAAGGGCAGACCCUGGAGCUGGACUGCACUGCUGCCCACCAGGAGCAGGCCACGGUGACGUGGUACAAGCGCGGCGGGUCCCUGCCUGCCAACCACCAGGCCUUUGGAUCCCACCUGCGACUGGUGCAGGUCUCCCCGGGGGAUUCUGGCGAAUAUGUUUGCCGCAUCAGCUCUGGCACCUCCACCCAGGAAGCCUCUGUCUUUGUCAGCAUCCGGCAGGGCAGCUCCGACUCCUUCCCCCCCGGGGUGACUCCUCCCGUGCGAAUUGAGUCGUCCUCCACCUCUCCUGCGGAGGGACACACGCUGGACCUGACAUGUCUCGUGGCCGGCCCCUCUCCGGCUAGAGUGACCUGGUACAAGCGGGGGGGGCCCCUCCCCUCCAACCACCAGGUCUCCGGCUCCCUCCUGCGCAUCCCCCAGGCCUCAACAGCUGAUUCUGGGGAGUAUGUCUGCCGGGUCAGCAACGGCACAUCUGUUCACGAGGCCUCUCUCAUUGUCACCAUCCAGGGCGGGCCAGGGGCCUCUUACUCUGUGGGCGUCACCCCCCCAAUCCGGAUUGAGACCUCAUCAUCCUCUGUUGUUGAGGGGCAGACGGUGGAUCUGAAUUGCUUGGUUGCGGGUCAGUCUCAGCCCCAGGUCAUGUGGUACAAACGAGGUGGUGCCCUGCCAGUCAACAGCCAGAUCUUGGGAUCACGCCUCAGGAUCUUGCAGGCCUCGACGAGCGACUCGGGAGAGUAUGUUUGCCAUGUGAGUGAUGGCGCCACCCCCCUGGAGGCCUCCGUCAUCGUCUCCAUCCCCAGCAGUGCCGCCUCCACUUACCCUUCAGGCAUCGUGCCCCCGGUGAGGAUUGAGUCUUCGUCCUCAUCACUCAUGGAGGGACAGACCUUGGAGCUGAACUGCCUUGUGGCUGGCCAGACACAGCCCAAAGUCACGUGGUUCAAGAGGGGGGGUGCCCUCCCAGCCAACCACCAGGUUGUGGGCACCCGCCUGCGCAUCCCUCAGGUCUCCUCGGCCAAUUCUGGGGAGUAUGUCUGUCGCGUCAGCAGUGCUGCAGUCACCCAGGAGGCUGUGCUGGUGGUCACCAUCCAAGACCACGACAGUUCACCUCGACCUGCUGCCCCCCCUCUGAGGAUUGAGCCUUCGUCGCCCUCCGUGGUUGAGGGACAGACCUUGGAUUUGACUUGCAUCGCUCCAGGCCAGCCGCACACCACCUUCACCUGGCACCGCCAAGGGGGCGCUCUGCCUGCCAGCCACCAGGUCUCCAAUUCCCACCUGCGGCUGGUCCACCUCAGCCCAGCCGACUCUGGCGAAUAUGUGUGCCGCGAGCGAGGCGUUGCCGUCCCUCGAGAGGCUUCCUUUGUGGUCUCCGUGCCAUCUGGCACCAGCGCCUCUUCCCGUCUCCAGAGCCCCAUCAUCUCCAUUGAGCCUCACAGCCUGGCGGUACGCAGAGGGGAGGAUGUGGCCUUCAAGUGCCGGAUCCACGAUGGGGCCCAGCCCAUCCAGAUCACCUGGAAGCUGCCCCACAACCAGCUGCAAGAUAACGUGAAGAUCAGCCCCAAUGGCUCUGUGGUCUCCAUCGUGAAUGCACGUCCCCAAAACCAGGGGGCCUACCGCUGCGUGGCCUCCAACCGCUUCGGAGUAGCCAACAGUGUGGUCAACUUGAUGGUGCAAGGGCCUCCUGCAGUCUCGGUGGUGCCCAAGGGCCCCAUCCGGGUGAAGGUGGGCAAAUCCUUCAGUGUGGACUGCCAGGGCACAGGGGAGCCCCGCCCACUGGUGCGUUGGAGCAAGCUGGGCGUCCGGCAGAAGGUGGACAAUCAGGAGGCUGUGGCUCUGGAGAGCCGAUCCGCCUUGAAGAUCUCCUCUGCCCAGCUGGAAGAUGCUGGGACUUACGUCUGCCUGGCUCAGAACGCCCUUGGGGUGGCAGAGGCCCAGGUGGAAGUGAGUGUGGAGAGUGUCCAUGGGAAACCUGGAGCCCCUGAGGUCAGCGUGAGCCCCACCCUGACAGUGGUGGCUGGACAGACUGCGCAGCUCCACUGCUCUGCGACAGGGGAUCCUGCUCCCACCAUCCAGUGGUCCAAGCUGAGGGCUCCCUUGCCCUGGCAGCACCAGCUGGUGAACGACACCCUGGUCAUCCCCCGAGUGGCUCAGCAGGACUCCGGGCAGUACAUCUGCAAUGCCAGCAACACUGCUGGGUUCACGGAGGCCUUUGUCAUGCUGGACGUGGAAUCACCCCCGUAUGCUACCACCCUCCCGGAUGUGGCCUCGGUCCGGGCAGGCGAUGUGGUCCAGUUCCAGUGCCUGGCCCACGGCACCCCCCCGCUGCGGUACGAGUGGUCCAAGGCCAACGGCAGCCUCCCUGGCCAUGCAGUAGUGCGCGAGGCCAUCCUGCACAUCAGUCCUGCCCGCCCCCAGGACUCAGGCACCUACCGCUGCUUCGUCAGCAACCGGGUGGGCUCUGCUGAGGCUCUGGCCCAGGUCCGAGUGCGAGGCCCCGUUGGAGGCCCCCCCUCUGUCCAGAUCUUCCCAGAGAGCGACACGAAGGCUGUGGGUGGCGUGGCUGAGUUCACGUGCUCAGUGGCCGGAGACCCCGAGGCCCAGAUUGAGUGGCUGAAAGAGGGUACAGAGCUGCCCCCCAACCACAGCGUCCAAAAUGGAGUUCUUCGGAUCGAGAAGCUGGACCGGGGGUGCCAAGGCGUGUACAUCUGCCGGAUCAGCAGCCCCUCCGGCCGUGCCGAGGGCAGGGCCAGGCUGACUGUCCAGGCAUUGCCCAAAGUGAUGAUCAACAUCCGGACCUCGGUGCAAACAGUGCUGGCGGGCAAUGCGGUGGAGUUUGAGUGCCUGGCCUUUGGGGACCCCAAACCACACGUCACCUGGAGCAAGGUGGGCGGGCGGAUGCGGCCGGAGGUGCUAGUGAGCGGCGGCAUGGUGAAGAUCGAGCAGGUGGAGCAGGCCGAUGCCGGGCAGUAUCGCUGCACCGCCACCAACAACGUUGGCACGGUCCAGUCCCACGUCAUCCUGCACGUCCAGUCCAUCCCCCAGAUAGCAGCCCAGCCAGAGGUGAAGGAACUCACAGCCGGGUCCAAGGUGGUCUUCCCCUGCAUGGCCUCUGGCUUCCCAGUCCCAGACAUCUCCUGGACUAAGCUAGAAGGAGACCUUCCCGAGGGCAUCCAGGUGGAGGGAGACGUCUUGACCAUCCCAGCGGCCCGGCCAGAGGAUACCGGCAUCUAUGUCUGCACUGCAUCAAACCGGCAAGGGAAAGUGACGGCUUUCUCUAUGCUGAAAGUGCGAGAGCGCAUAGUGCCAUAUUUUACCCAGAAUCCUCAGUCCUACCUUGUCCUGCCAACCAUGAAAGACGCUUACAAGACGUUCGCCAUUGAGAUCACCUUCCGGCCAGACACUCCUGACGGGAUGUUGGUAUACAACGGCCAGAAGAAAAACACAGGCACCGACUUUGUGUCCUUUGGCCUGGUAGGGGGCCGUCCAGAACUUAGGUUUGAUGCUGGUUCUGGCAUGGCCACCAUUCGCCACCCCUCAAUCCUCAAACUCGGCGAGUUCCACACGAUCCGGCUCUACCGCAACCUCACCCAGGGCUCCCUGGUGCUGGACCAUCACCCCCCUGUGAAUGGCACAUCUCAGGGCAAAUUCCAGGGCCUGGACCUCAACGAGGGACUGUACUUGGGCGGAUAUCCCAACUAUGCUGCCGUUGCCAAGACCGGCCUCAGCAGUGGCUUCAUUGGAUGUGUCCGGCAGCUGGUGAUCCAAGGGAAGGAGGUGAUCUUCAAAGACUUUGACUUGCAAGCCCACGGUGUGUCGAAUUGUCCCACGUGCCAGGACCAGCCGUGCCAGAACGGAGGCAUCUGCAGGGACUCGGAGAGCAGCAGCUACGUGUGCAAGUGUCCCCAGGGCUUUGCUGGCAGCAACUGCGAACACCCCCAAGCCCUGCGUUGCCACCCAGAAGCCUGUGGCCCUGAUGCCACCUGCGUCAACCAGCCCAGCGGUCAAGGCUACAGCUGCCGCUGCCUCCUGGGACGCCAUGGGGAGAAGUGCAUGGCAGGAGUCACGGUGACCACGCCGUUCUUCCACGGGGGGGAUGCCUUUGUCUCCUACCCGCCCCUCACCAACAUCCACUACGAGCUGCGCGUGGACAUGGAGCUCAAGCCUCUCUCCCCAGACGGUCUCCUCCUCUUCAGCGGGGGCAACGGUGCCCCGGUAGCAGACUUUGUCUCCCUUGGCAUGGCCAACGGGCAUGUGGAGUUCCGCUAUGAGCUGGGCUCAGGCACGGCCGUUCUCCGCAGCCCGAAGCCCCUGGAGCUGGGCCAGUGGCACAAGGUCAUAGCCGAGCGCUUGAACAAAGAUGGAUCCCUGCGGGUGGAUGACGAGAGGCCUGUGAAAAGGUCCUCGCCUGGCAAAAGCCAGGGCCUGAACCUGCGCACCUCUCUGUAUCUGGGUGGCAUGGAUGAUGCCGUCCGACUGCCGGCAGCUGCCAACAGCAGUAGCCACUUCUAUGGCUGCAUCGGGGAGGUCUCCAUCAAUGGGAAGAAGGUGGACCUUUCGUACAGCUUCCUGGAGAGCCGCGGCAUCUCCCAGUGCUUUGACAGCUCCCCCUGCGAUCGCCGGCCCUGCCAGCAUGGGGGCAAGUGCCUGCCCACCGGCGAGUAUGAGUUCCAGUGCCUGUGCCAGGAAGGCUACAAGGGAGAGCGUUGUGAGGAGUCAGAGGUUCACUGCCGGCUGCCACAUCCCUGCCUCCAUGGGGGCACGUGUCAGGACACUCUCUGUCUGUGUCCCCCAGGCUUCCUGGGCUUAUACUGUGAACACGAUGCAACACAGCACCAGCUGAAUGUCGCCUGGACGCCAGAAGGCAGUGGGGGAAGUGAUGCCCCAGGACAAUACAGCGCCUACUUCCACGACAACGGCUACGUGGCACUUCCCCGGCAUGCCUUCCCCAGGAGCCUCCCCGACUCCCCCGAAACGAUAGAGAUGGAGGUGCGGACCAGUUCCCCCAGUGGACUGCUCCUCUGGCAGGGUGUGGAGGAAGGGGAAAGCGGGAAGGCAAAGGAUUUCAUCAGCCUCGGGCUGAAAGAGGGGUACUUGGUGUUCAGCUUUCAGCUGGGCAGUGGAGAAGCCAACAUCCUGUCUGAAGACCCCGUGGACGAUGGGGAGUGGCACAAAGUGACGGCCAUUCGGGAAGGGAGAAGAGGCUUCCUUCAGGUUGACGGGGAGGAAACGGUGACCGGGGAGUCGCCUGGCAAGAAUGUCAUGGUGAAUGCGAAAGGCCGAGUUUACCUAGGAGGAGCCCCCGAUAUCCAAACCCUGACUGCAGGCAAGUACGUCUCGGGACUCACGGGGUGCAUCAAAAACGUGGUGCUGGUGAACGACAGGCCGGGCCAGCACCCUCAGCCGCCAGUGGACCUCCAGCACCAGGCCGAGGCGGCCAUCAAUCUCCAGGAGUGCCCAUCGUAGGCCAGGCCGGCCUCUGCUCCCCGCCAGGCUCGCCUCUCGGCAUCAAGCCAAGCCAGAGACAUCUGUCGUUGUUGUUGUUCUUAUUAUUAUUUUAUUAUUAUGAUGAAUUUU